UUUUGUUUCGAAUUCCGAUAUAUACGGUUGAUUUGUUUAAUCUAGUGCAAUGAAAAAAUUCGGAAAGUGCAUCGUAGUACUGCAAUACCCAGUUAUGUGGUCUCUAGUUAUUUUAGUUAUAUUCUUUAGUCAUAGUGUUAUGUCUCAAGAUGCGACCAAAAACGAGCUGCCAAAUUUUGACUCGCCAGCAGUGUUCCAAGUCACUCAACCAGUGGAUCACGGCGAAGGACCUAUGUGGGAUGGUAGGAAGAAUCUGCUAUAUUUCGUGGACAUACAUGCCGGCAGGGUUCUCAGCUACAAUUACGAUUCCAAGAAGGUCAGUUUUGUCACGUUGAAAGGAGAUGUCAGUUCAGUGAUACCAGCCAAAAAGAACGAGAAUAUUUUGGUGCUAGGCUUGGACAGAUCCUUAAUGGCAAUUGAGUGGGAUGGACAGAAUGACGUCAAGUCGAAACGCGUUCUAACUACAGUAGCACCACAGUUUCCACAGAGCAGAUUCAACGAUGGUAAGGCUGACAAACAAGGAAGAUUAUGGGUCGGAACUAUGGGUUUUGAAAAUCCCCAAACUCGUCAACUGGCACCCAAUCAAGGAGCUCUGUACAAGAUUACCAAGGACACAUUUUUAAGCCCCAAAAUAGAGAUUGCACCUGUCAAUAUCAGCAAUGGACUUACAUGGAACAAGGCUAAUAAUAAAAUGUAUUACAUUGACACUCCAUCUAAAAAGGUCAUGGAAUACGAUUAUGAUGAUGAAAAGGGUGACAUUUCCAAUCCCCGUGUGUCAGUUGACAUAGAGAAAUUCCCUUCAGUCACAGGCUCACCAGAUGGCAUGACCAUAGACAACGAUGAUAAUCUGUGGAUAGCUUUGUUCGGCGGAGGAUCUAUCAUCAAAGUCAAUCCAGUGACGGGACAACUUCUACAGGUAGUACCCAUCCCUGCCAGGGAUGUAACCUCCGUGAUGUUUGGUGGUCCAAACUUGGACAUCCUCUUCGUCACCACAUCCAGAAGAGGUCUCACAGACAGUGAACGAAAAACCUCAAACGCAGCUGGCAGCGUGUUUGGAGUGACGAAUUUGAGGACCAAAGGAUCACCGGCCCAUUUUGUGGACCUGGUGGACAAUGCACGAAGGGCAAACAUUUUGGCUGAGAUCCUUAUAAACACCAACGAACUGUUCGCUCAGCCUCUUCCAAACGAAGUCAGCAAUGCUCUGGUUCAAAGCACGGAAGCCAGUCAGAAUUACGUAGUCCAACAGCCUCAAAGAACCAGUGAAAAGGAAGAUGUUCCAGCAUUCUGGGGAGCCAUUUUAAAUACGAUUAGGAACUUCUUUUAGUUCUUGUCUACAGCUCAAACCAAAUCUUAUCUAUUAUUCCUAUUUUUUUUAUUGUAAAUGCCAGCUGUGUUAUUUUGAAUUAUUUUUGAUGUUGUUGUCUAAUUUGUAAGUAGAUGGGGUU